GGUGUACGUACUACCAGUCCCGGCGUGCCGCGCGGCGCGGCCCGGAAGGCGCAGUCAGCAGUCGGCGUUGGCGGGCGCAGCGAGAGAGAGCCGGCGGGCAGCGAUGACCGGACAGAUGGCGGUGCUGGGUUCGGCUAUUCUGGUUCUCUUGUUAGCUGGCUAUCUAGCACAGCAAUACUUACCAAUGCCUACACCGAAAAUAAUUGGGGUUGACCUUGGCACGACUUACUGCUCUGUUGGUGUCUUUCUUCCUGGAACAGGGGAGGUGAAGGUUAUUUCAGAUGAAAAUGGGCACAACAGCAUACCAAGUAUAGUUUCCUUCACAGACAGAGAUGUGUAUGUAGGAUAUGAUGGCCUAGAACUGGCUGAUUCAAAUCCUCAGAAUACCAUAUAUGAUGCAAAAAGAUUCAUUGGGAAAAUCUUCACUUCAGAAGAACUGAAAAGUGAAAGUAGCAGGUAUCCCUUUAAGAUUUUUGACAACAAUGGAUCAGCUGAAUUUUCUGUGACAACUAAUAAAACCUUUCGCAUCACUCCAGAGCAUAUUGGCUCUCAGCUGCUACUGAAAUUGAAGAGAAUGGCAGAAGGCAACCUUGGUGUGCCCAUUUCAAAGGCAGUCAUCUCUGUGCCAGCAGAGUUUGAUGAAAGACAACGGAAUUCUACCAUUAAGGCAGCUAACCUUGCAGGGCUAGAAAUUUUGCGAGUAAUCAAUGAACCCACAGCUGCAGCUAUGGCUUAUGGACUCCACAAAGCUGAUGUGUUUAAUGUUCUGGUGGUGGAUUUGGGUGGAGGAACUUUGGAUGUGUCUCUGUUGAACAAGCUGGGAGGGAUGUUCCUCACACGAGCCAUGGCAGGUAACAACAAACUUGGAGGACAGGAUUUUAACCAGAGGCUGAUGCUGUAUUUAUAUGAUCAACUCCAUCAAAAGUAUGGUUCUCUGCCAACAAGGAAAGAAGAAAUACAUCACCUCAGACAGGCUGUGGAAGCAGUUAAAUUAAAUCUGACUGUUCAUGAGGCAGCUACACUAAGAGUGUUGUUGACUGUGCCAGUAAGGGAGCUUACAAAAGGACUUCCAGAAAGUGAGGUGAGAACAAACACUCUGCUAAAAGGCAAACCUUCACAAAAAACAAAAGAUCUGCAAAAUCUUGGAGGCUCUUCAAAACUAGAGGACAACUCUGCCCAAGUUGUGUUUGAAACAGAAAUCUCUAGGAAACUAUUUGAGACAUUAAAUGAGGACCUUUUUGAGAAGAUUCUUGUGCCCAUUGAACAGGUGUUGAAGGAAGGCCACCUACACAAAGCAGAAGUGGAUGAAAUUGUACUAGUCGGAGGCUCUACCCGAAUUCCUCGGAUACGCAGAGUCAUUCGGGAUUUCUUUGGAAAGGAACCUAACACCUCUGUAGAUCCUGAUCUAGCAGUUGUAACAGGCGUAGCUAUCCAAGCAGGAAUCGUUGGUGGGUCCUGGCCUCUCCAAGUCAGUGCUAUAGAAAUUCCUAAUAAGCAUUUACAGAAGACUAAUUUUAACUGAGACAAAAGUCUUCCCUAUUGCAUUCCAUCUCUCCAAAAGCAUACUCUAGUGGUGCAUACUUAAGCUGACUGGCAGUGGAGCCUAAUCUUAGCUGUAUUCUAUUCAUUUUUCAUCUGUUCAGUUCAGUGCUACUGGACGCCUGUGUUAAAAACUAAAUGUUACUUUAAAGGUACGAGUGGUUUUUGAAGUUCUAUUCUGUAUUCUAGUUUGGAUGUUGGAUGAAAAUGAUGACACACCCAUGUCUUCUUGCUAAAUUUUAUUAGCAAACUCUGAAAAGGUGUAUGUUUAAAAUUUAAAGGGAGCGUGACCAAAGGUUAGAGAUACUGUGGCAUGGUACUGUAGGAAUUCCCGGGUUCGAUAUAUUUACUUUGAAAGAAUGUGAAGCAGUGUUAAUGCACAUAGCACUAGCAGUAUUGAGCUUAAAUUUAUUUAUUAAAUUCAGUCACUUGAGCAUUUAAGCACCUUUCUAAAAUGCAUGUUGCAGUGUUUUUCUAAAAGACAUGCAUUCAUUUUAUUGUUCUGCUGUUCAUAACAGCAAAAUGGUAUUACUGAAGCUGUAUGGCAAACUGUCUCAUGUUUCAGCCAAACCAUAUUAAGAAACCUAGCUCUUGAUAAUGUGGACUUAUUUAACGUGUCUCUGAGGACUUAUUUCCUGCUCUGGUUUUGCUAGUUCACAUACAGGUGCUGCUGUCCUACCAUUGAUGUUCUCCACAGAAAACAAGGGCAUUUGCCAACUAUUUAUACCUCCCCCUGUGGUAUUUGAAAGCUGCAGUAAUUUUAUGUAUCUUAAAGCCACACUUGUAUAUCUUCCCUUGAAUUUGACCAACAUAAAUGUCAUCGCUGUGCAUCUACAAGUGUGUGUGGUCUUUCCCCUGGAGUACCCCAAGCUAUACUGUUUUCAGAGAGAAAGUGUGGGACAGAGGGAACUGCAUGGAUAAUAUCCAGUUCCUGUAGUCCUAGCAAAUGAUAAUUCACCCAGCUAUUUCCUACUUUUUAGCUCGUGUCUGUGGUUUAAGUUUUAUUAUAUCCCCACUCUAAACCGAACAUAAAUGAGAGAUUGUAGCCCUUUUGAGAAGGACACAGUGUGUGUAGCUCAGGAUUUGAGGUAGCAUUUCUUAGGGCUUUAUUUUAGGCAAAUGGUUUGCUACCCAGCUAUCUGGCAAAUGCAUACAGAGAAAAAACAUUAACUAUCUGGAAAAAAAAAGAAGUGAGAGUUCUGCUCUCUUUGGAGGGUUCAAUCAAUAAUUAAAGUCAGUUGAAUUCUUUCAUCUGUGUAGAACUUUGUACAAUGAAAAGACUUCAUUCAGCUAAGACUGAUUUCAACAUCCAUCAACCCAGUCUUAGGUAAGCUCUAGUAACAGGUGGUUCUAAGCUUUUCUUAUAUGCUCCAGAAUAAUUUUGUUUGUAUUAAGCUUGCCAAGAUAAAGUGUGGGGCUUAGGUUUAUUGUUUAACCUAUGACUAUAUACAAUAGGCUUCUUUUUCUCCUGGCAGUAGGCCUGAUUUAUGGCAUUGCCAUAAAUCAGUUGUGCUGAUUCAGCUGUUUGUAUAGCUGUUGUCUAAACAUAUCUUCGAAGUAAUCUAAUUAAAAACCUCUUAAAUCGAAUCAUAGUGGCACACAGCCAUUCCAUCAGCAUUGUUUAACUUCACAGAGGAUUCCCAAAAUGCUGCUAAGAUCUGUUUAAUUUCCCCAACUUGAAACAAAAGUGAUUUUUUUUUUUUUAAUUUGAGGUUUGUUUUUUUUUUACUUUGGACCUCUUUGAAAUUGAUCCUGUCUAAGUCUGUGUGGAACUUCUAGUAACUAAAACUCCUGCAUUGAAAGAAGUGCCUCUUCAGCAAAACCAUGGAUAAAUGCCAAUACACAGUACAGUUCUCAUACACAGUUGCUAAUUGGGGCCUUUACUUUGCAGCUAUAAAUGUAUGUGCUUAAUUUAACAUAUAUUCCAAUGUCUUUGGAGUCAUUGUGGCCUUUCCUUCUGUCCUGCUGUAAAUUCAUCUCAAAGCCUACUGGAGUUACAGUAGGUCUUUAGUCUUCAUUUUUUAAUGCACUGUGUAAAAUGAGCAGACCUGUAGAAGAAUAGAACCACAUCACAGCGAGGUUAAGCUAUUAAAAGCCUUUUGCAAUUUUGGGACAAGUUAGGUAGUAGUGUGGGAAUAACUUUAAACUGUUAAACUCUCAAUGCAAUAAAUGAAGUACUUUUUUCCUUCAUAUAUGUCUUCACACUGGAGGAAUUAAAUCUCCUUCAGUGUCAGCCUGGGUAAGGGAAGGGUGAGUGGUUUACUUGUUAAAAAAAAAUCACAAAAGGGUAUUUAUUCAGAUUUCUAUACAGAUUUUUUUUUUUUUUUUGAGUAAAGAAGUUACUUUACAUUGGAUAUCUUACAAUGCAUCCUUAUUUAUUAAAUAACUUUUCUGAAUUCUGCUAUCAAAUUAUUUAUUUUGUUUCUUUUGAUUUUAAUACUGUAUUUUGGCACAAACCAUUGAAUUUUAAAGAUGAGUUCACUGUACUAAGUGGAUAUGUCCAGGUACACACAUACACUGUUUACCAAAAGUGUCCCUAAACAAAUUUAUAUUUGAAGGCUGAAAUCUUUCUACAAACAAUCCUUAAAACCUGAGAAUGGUUGCCUGUGGUGUUAGGUGUGUAACAAAUUUAUACAGCUAAAGCUUGUUUUGUGAGUUGAAAUUCUGAAAGAAUAAUAUGUCUUACCAACUGUGUGUUCCUGAAUUGUUUCCAAGUGCAGAUGAUUAAAUGCAUUUUAUAAAUAACCUUUUAGAAUGUUUUUAAUAAAAGCAAUUUCUGUCUGUUGGA